AUGAAAAAAGACGCCGAAAACGAGAACCUGCUUCACGCCUACGAACACGAUGAGCAGAGCUCAAAAUAUUUUAUUAAACCCGACUCUAGAUACUCAAUAGACGAUGAUAUUUCUGUGAAAAUUGAUGGAAAACAGCUGGAAGUUAGGAAAUGGCCUACGCUUUUGGCUACUGCUAUGGUGGGCGUCGGUUGGCUAUCAAAUGAGGUUGCAUUGGCUUGGGUACACGAACGAGUUCCAGAUGAUUAUCACCCAUUACCCGACCUUUUCUUCUCACAUUUUCCAGAGAUCCGCGGAGCAAUUCGGAUAGCUGAAUACAUAAUGAUGAUUCUUUUAAUAAGUGCUCUUUUAGUAAUGUUUACCCAUCAGCACCGAUGGAUAGUUAUUCGACGUGUAUUUUUUUGUAUUGCAAUGGCUUACUCUUUCAGAGCACUUUGUGUGACCAUUUUCCAGGUCCCGGUCCCAUCUAUAAACACCUAUUGUGCUCCAAAAUCAAACUCAUCACUGGAACUUGUAGCCGGUCGAGUUGUGAAAAUGUUCUGGAGCGCUGGAAUAGAGCAGCUCCGUCCUCGUGAGCUGUGUGGAGAUUUGAUAGUGUCCGGGCAUACCCUGACGAUUUUCACCGCAUUUUUGGUAUUCAAAACGUAUGCUCCACAACGAUUACAGCCACUCUCUCAUAUCUACCACGUUCUGGCUUUCACAGCACUUUUCUCGAUUCUCCUCGCCCGUAAGCACUAUAUGAUCGAUAUAGUGUUAGGAUAUACAGUAUCUACCAGAAUUUUUAUGGAAUAUCACGCACUUGCGGCUUCAUAUCAUAACAGGACGUUUGAAACUAAUCCAUUGGCUUGGUCCUUCUGGUCAUUUUUUAUCCCAAUUUUUGAAUGUGAUGCUCCUGCAAAUAUGCACAAUCACCUGCUUCUCUACAACCGAUCAACGAGUUCCAAAAACGUGUCGACAUUGAAAAAAUCACGAAGAUCUUUCGAAUAAAUUAGGCUGAACAAUUUAUUUUUGCUAACAAAAAUUGAAUAAAAAAUCUCCAAUUUGAUUGUACAAUUUGUUUUUAUUAAUAAAUUUUGUGAAAUGAA